CGGAAGUUGUCCCAACGACACGCAACCAUGCUUAACAAGAAGACAGUUAACACUUACAAGACGGCGGCGUCUAAGGCUCGGAAGGCCGCCGUCGAAUCCGAACGCAAGGCUCGGGAGGAACGCGACAAGGAAGAUCGAUUCUGGCGCGAAGCCGAGGGAACGAAGUCCCGCGCAGCAAAGAAACGCGAGGAAGAGGCGGAGCGGCGAGCGGAGGCCGCUGCCAAGAAGGCAGAGGCGCGCCGCCUUGCAGACCAGGAGGCGCGGGAACUCGCCAGGUCUCUGCAGAAGAAUAAGAAGGUGACGGAGGCGGAACUCCGGAGGCGAAGGGAGGAGGAGCAGGCGGCGAUUCUGCGGAGGACCGAGGAGGAGAAGCGGAGGCAGGGGCGGCGCGUCACGGCGGAGGAGGAGUAUGAGAGGAUGGUCCUCGUCCGGAAUACGAAUCGGGACGGUUCCGUGAUCGACGCCCGGUCAGUGGAAGAAGCGCUUUUACACAUGAUGGGAAGUCCUCAGAAUUUGAGUCCGGAAAGACAUCCAGAGAGGAACCUUAAGGCUUCAUUCAAGGCCUUUGAGAAAAAUGAGCUUCCUGUGUUGAAAGAAGAGAAACCUGGGCUUACUCUGACACAGUAUAAAGAUAUGAUUUGGAAGGUGUGGAAGAAAUCUGGAGAUAAUCCUCUGAACCAAACUCCAAAGUUUGUUCCAUGGAAUUGCAGAGAAGAUCUACCAUAUAUGGAGGAUGAUAAACAUAGCAUGCAUGCACCUCAGAAAGCUCUUCUAGCCUGACUGAUUGAAUGGUUAUAGAAUUAACUUCUUGACUAAUUAUUUGGGUGUAUGAUAUUGUCAUAUUGAUUCAAUAGCUCCAUCCAGUGCUUAGCAAUUUGUACUUAUUGCAAAGAUUUUAGGCUUUUAAUUAACUAAUUAAUCUAAUUCUACCAAACAGUUUUGUUUUUUCAUCC